AAAAAAAAAAAAAAUGAAAGUAAUAAAAUAAAAUAAAAUAAAUCUUGUGUUAAUUGAUUAUCAAUCCUUUGGAUAAUUUAUAUUUUUAAUAUUAUUAUUUAUUUUUAUUUCAAACUCAUUAUUUGAAAAAUAGAUUUUUGUUAAGGUCAUUUUGUCUUCGCGUGACCAUUACUGUUAGUUGGUCCACGCAAUCCAUAGGACACUUUAAAUAAUAAUCAAUAUGACCUGUAAAUAUUUUAUAAAAUUCAAGGUUUAUAAAAAAAAAAAUAAAAUGAAAAAAACAAUAGCUGAAUAAGUUGUGUUACGUGGUCAUUUGGAAAAAUAGUAAAUUCUAAAAUAAGAUAACAUUAAUUUUAUUAAUUGAUAAGUUAAUUUAUCUAUAAAAUACCUUAUAAAUUUAAUAUGUUGAACAUAUAGUUGUUUAGUUAUUGUCAUAAACGAGGGACAAUUCUAAUCUACAAUUUAUCGGAAGCCAGUGGCAUUGGACCGAAUCGUGUAUAUCCGGAGGGUAAUUUUGCGGAUGAUAUUAUUGAGAAAAAUCAUACAGUUGUGAACAUGCACUAUUGACAAACACUUCUUGAAUAUUAUUGACAAAAUAUAUAAAUAAAACAUAAUAAUAAUAAACAAUAUUUCUAUCAUUUCGAAUUGAAAUUUUUUUUUUUUUUACAGUUGCUUAUACCUAAAUCAUUUUUUUAUUUUUAUUUUUACACAAAUAAAAUAUUUGAUUAUUUUUGUAAAAUUAUCAACAAUAUAAUAUGGAUGAUUUAUCAAAAAAACGUCAAGUUUAUAAAUUAUUGGCAAUUGAAUUAAUAAUUUUAGUUUUAAUGGGUAUUUUUAUGAGUUACGAAACAAAAAUUAAAUCUUCAAUUACAUCAAAUAAUCAUGAUGUUAAGUAUGAAGAAAAAAUUAAAUAUAUACCUUCAAAUAUUUAUCCAAUGUAUCAAGAUGUUCAUGUAAUGAUAUGGAUUGGAUUUGGUUUUUUAAUGACAUUUCCAAAACGUUAUGGACAAAGUGCACUUGGAUUUACAUUUUUAAUUGGUGCAAUAUUAAUACAAGUUGCAAUGUUAUUUGAUGGUGUUAUUAAAGUCAUAAAAACAAAAAAAGCUCCAUUAUCACUUGUUGGUUUAUUAAAUGCUGAUGUUGCUGUUGCCGCACCACUUAUUUCAAUGGGCGCAUUACUUGGUAAAACAACAUAUAUGCAAUUAAUAUUUAUAGGUAUUAUUGAGCUUGGUGUUUUCACAAUUAACAAAUACAUUGGCGAAGAAUGUUUUAUGGCUGUUGAUGCUGGGGGAAGUAUGUAUGUUCAUGCAUUUGGAGCAUAUUUUGGUUUGGCAGUUAGUUUUGUUAUUGGAUUGAAAAAUAAACCGACAGAAAAUCCAAAAUCAUCUUAUGAGUCAGAUAUAUUUGCAAUGAUUGGAACUAUAUUUCUUUGGCUUUUUUGGCCGUCAUUCAAUAGCGCAUCACUACAGGGAGACGAUCAACAACGCGCAAUUAUCAACACGCUACUUGGAAUUUCUGCAAGUUGCGUGGUCUCAUUCGCGGUUUCCGCUCUAGUCUCAAAUGAAAACAAAUUCAACAUGGUACAUAUACAAAAUUCAACGCUUGCUGGAGGCGUUGCCAUCGGAACCGCAGCAAACAUGAUGUGUGAACCAGUUGGAGCCUUGGCAAUUGGCUCUCUUGCUGGAGCAUUGAGUGUUGUUGGCUACAAAUAUCUAAGUCCAAUAAUGCAAAAUCGUUUAAAAAUUCAUGAUACAUGUGGUAUACAUAAUCUUCAUGGUAUGCCAGCAAUAAUGGCUGGUUUGUUUGGUGUUAUUAUGGCAGCUUUUGCUAAUGAAAAAACUUACAAUGAAUCAUUAUAUCAAGUAUUUCCAGCAAGAGCACCAAGUUCAUCAAAUGAAAGACUUGCUGAAUUACGUGAUAGUUUAGGUAUUGAACCUGGAUUUGAUAGAACCGCUGGACAACAAGCAUUAUUUCAAUUUUUAGCUCUUUGUGUUACCUUGGCAAAUGCAAUUGUAUCUGGAUUAGUAACUGGUUUAAUAUUACGUAAUGAUGCUUGUGGAUCAUUGCCAGAUAAUGCAAAAUUUAAUGAUGGAUUUAACUGGGAACUUGGUAAAGAUGAUGAUACAACAGAUGAUAAUUUAUGUAAAACAAUUGACAGAGGUACAAGUAGAAUUGUUGAACAAGUAUCAAUGAGUCACAUUUAAUUUUUAAAUAAUUAAUUCAUUGUUAUUGUUAUCAUUAUUAUAUUAUAAUUAUAUUUAAAAUUGUUUUUUUUUUAAACAAUUAAAGUGUAUUUAGCAUUAAUACAUGAUUGAUAUUUUAUGUAUAUAAAACAUAAGAAUUAAAAAUUGUUAACAAAUG